AAAAUCAGUAUUCACUGAUCAAAUACUUAAUUUCCGCAUUAUUAUUUCCUUCAAGCAACUCAUAACACAAUCUCCAAAAAAAAAGACUGGGUCAAGACGACUUUCAGAGUAAAGUCUACCCACAUAAAAAAAAUGGCAGCAAAUAGUUAAUCCUCCAUGAAUUUUCAAUCUUCCUUUCUUUCAAUUACCCUCUUAAUUCUUUUUCUUUUCAAUUAUUUUCUUUUAUGUGGAUCUCUCAUUGCUGGGUUUAGUUGUGAAUCUCUUCUCAUCAGAUUCAGAACCAAGUAGGAAUAAAUAAACUAAAAGAAGAGGACAAUUAUGGAGCAGUUCUGACGUGUUGGUGUGGUGUGGAUCAGAGAUCAGACACUACCCUAUAAUUCUCAGAUGGAAAUCCAUUGAGUGUAUAAGCAUCACUUACAAAAGCAAAUCCCUUGGAAAAUGGGUUCGAUCAGCAACACUCAUCAUCGAUCAAAUCAUAUCUAAUAAUAUCUGGCCUUGUCUAAUGUUGGACACAAUAAGGAUUAGUAAUGAUUGGAUUCAAAUCGGGUUGGAUGUCAGGCUGGCUUGUGGAGUCAGGUUCAAGUACACAAGCUGCAAUUUGUAUCCUAUAACACCAUGGACUUAAAGACAGUAAUUGGAUUGCUUGGAAUAGUUCCAAUACUAUACAAUUUAUGGAGACUAGCUAUGGAGGAGAAAAUGAGACACGUUGAGCUAAAGGACACGUUGAAGGAAGUUAUGAGCAAAGUGCACGACAUGGAUCAACAAGCAAGAUUGGAAGAGCAAAAACCAGGCAAGAAGCGAAAGAGAGUGAUUAAGGCCUUUGUCAAAAAAGCAAAACGGUACAAAAAGUCAUCCGAAAGAAAGUUGGAAGAAAGCCAAGGACAGUGUAAGGUGAAGCGUAUGGUUAGGGUGCCGUGUCUUAAACAACACAAAAGGGAAGGGAAUGAUCUUCUGAAAGAGGCCCAACAGUUGCAGAAGAAUGGCCUGACCAUCGAUGAGUUUAAAACACGCGGGGAGAAAUUACUUUUACCGAUGAAUAUGUACAUGGGCGAGACAUUUCGUGCAAGUAUGGACUCUGCUCGUCAAGCCAUAAGAACUCGAGCUAAAAAUUGCAUUGGUAUAUAUGGUUCAGUGGGUGCCGGGAAGACUGACUUCAUGAAGUACCUUUACAAUGAAAUUUACGAUGACAUGGGUUUUAAGGCCGUGUACUGGGCCACAGCACCGGAUGUUUGGCCUGAUCGUAGUUGCUAUAACAUGGCCAUGCAGAAGCAGGUGGCUGAUGGGAUGUGGAUACGGGAUUUCGGUGAGCAAUACCAUAACGAGGAGACACGAGCCAGCAGGAUAAUGGCACAACUUGGAGUCGGCGGAGAGGGCCGCAGAAUUUUGUUCUUGGAUGAUGUGAGGGAGGCGUUUCCAGCGUAUGAACUUCUAGGAUUACCCUCUGUUGGUACGGAUAAAAGUAUUAUCCUUGUGUUUACAACUCGGUCUAAAGAGGUAUGCAACCGAAUGGGGUGUGAUUUAAUCCUUAAGAAAGACUUACUCGAAAAGGAAGAGGCUAAAGGCAUGUUCUUGCGUGUAAUGAGACACGCAGAUGAAUCUGUUGAACCAGGGAUCAUUAAAAUAGCGGAGGAAGUGGCGGAUCAGUGUGAAGGUAUGCCGUUGGUGAUCAAUAUUGAGGCAAAAUUCAUGGCCGGAAAGAAAGAUAUAAGGGAAUGGAGAAAUCGAUUGAAUGAACUGAAGGGCGUUAUCAGUAGCAUCCACUUAGACGGGGAGGCAAUGAUAGUAAACAAGCUUAAGUUUGGAUAUAAUUGCUUGAACGACAGUCAGACGCAAAGAUGUUUCCUGGACGCUGCCGGUUUGUUGGCUAAAAACGUUCAAGUUCGAAAGGAAAGAAUCAUCAAAAAGUGGAAAAAGAGCGGGUUGAUUGGCAUGGACAGAACAAACAAGUAUGCGAAUGAUCAGGGUCAUACAAUAUUGAAUCAGCUUAAAAGAAUGUGUCUAAUUCACGUUGCUGAUAAUCAGACAGUCACUAUGAAUAAGUGGAUCAGGAAGAUGGCCCAGGAGGUUUCAAAAUCACUUAAAAGGUGAGAUUUUUUGCUGCUUAAACUCUGCUAGAUUUAGUGCAGGUUGUGACACGGUUUGGUAAGGUAAGCAUCGAUGCCCUAUGGAUCAAGAUUUCGUUGAACAAUAUAUUGUUUGAAUCAUCUGAUCAAUACUUGUGGUUUUUUACUUUUGAGUUUUUGAUUUUUCAGCACAAAUUUUAUGAAGACCAAGUUGUUUUUUUGAUUGACGUUUGUUUUGACAUGGUUGUUAUUGAUAUGGAAAGCACUCUUUAUAAGUUAAGAUGUUCUCUAUACUUAUUUGGUCAAACCUAUAUGGCUAUAGAGUUAUUAUGUCAAGGAACCAACUCAACGAAAAGUUUAAGUUAAUGAUUGAUGUCCCAGGAUAUGCUAGAAGUGUGAAUGCGAUGCAGACUCUUCUCAUAUCUGGCACUGGAUGUUCUACUUUGAGUGGUUGUGAUUCAAAUUCGUGACCUCUUGUCACGUUGGCUCAAUACCAUGUCAAGGAAUCAACUCAACCAAAAGUUUAAGCUAAUGGUUGACACCCCAGGAUAUGUUAUAUACUCUAACAUUAUUUUUGUGAGAGACAGUUUUUCAGUGUGAUGACCUUAAAAUAAGUUCAUAUACUAAUAAUUAUAAUAUUGGACUAUUUAACUCAUAUAUAAUGUGUUUCUCACGGUGAGCAAUUUGUGAUCUUGAUUUUAUUUUAGAUCAGAAAUCCAGGCAAGCUAGGGAUUAGAGCUUAGCGUCGAAUGUACAGGUUGGUGAGCAAUGGGCCUAUAAAACAGUGCCCACACAAGGUUUACUACAUUUUCAAAUUAAAAGGUCAAAUGUAGUAAUUUCAGUGACACAUAGGAGUACAUGUUUAAGACUAAGUUAUCCUAAUCAGGCUGGAAAUCCUAGUAGUAAACUCAUAAAACGAUCAUGAAUGUUUAGAAUAAGUUACGUCUACGCAAACAUAGAAAAUAAAUUUAAUUAAUAUACGAGGAAAGAAUCGAAUACGAAAUACAAUAAGUAGAUUUAGAGGAUUUAGAAUAGGACUCUAAAAUGCCUUGAUAGAAUAGGAAAGCAUCAAAUUUAAUUAUAUCAUCCAUACUAUUACGUUUUUAGUCUAGCUUUAUUGGUCCCAUGGGAGGUUCUGAACAUGUUAAUGGGCAUUUAAAAUUUUUGUCUGGAAAAAUAUCUCAAGAGAUUGAGUGACAUUUCAAAACUGUUUUCUGUGACAGUUUUAGGUCGAUUUGCAAUACUAUAACGUAUGUGCGGAAAAUAAACUUUAAAGAAUAACACACGAUAUAUUAACGAGGUUCGGUUCUAAACAACCUACUUCCCGCCUAUGGGUUCUCUUUCAACCCGUAGGAUUUCAACGCCUUUUAUUAAUAGACUUUAAGACAAACUAGAAGAUCUCACUAUCUUCUCUCACCACAUUCUUCCCCUCA